UUGCGGUUUCUGUCAUGGGGUGGCUGGCGACCACUCAGUCGCAUGUCGUUACCCAUUCUGCUCGUGCAUUGGAGCUAUAAUCUUACACAAAUUGCUGUGAAGACGAAUCUUACACGAAGCUCUAUAUUCGAAAUCGGUGGACAUUGCUUCGUGACUAUAUUCAUGACUUAUGUAACAUCCCUGCCGCUGCAUCUUCUCAUCGAGUUGCCCAUGAUGCGGUUCUUCAAGGCGCUGUUUUCUUCCGCUUAA